UACCUCCUUUUCACAGAAGUUUCUACCUUGUUUCUAAGCAAACAAGUAGUUUUGCUUUUAGAGUACUACAUGCUACUUGUCUUGCUACAUUUUUAACAGCUUGAAGAUUUAAAAAAUAUAUCUUGUCAUUUUUUAUAAAGAUUGCAUGGGAGUGUGUUUUAAAAUGUCUGCUGUGAAUUUUCUCCUUUGGUGUCAUGAAUAUUUUAAUAAGCUUUUGUUUUAUACAUGCAGGCCAAGCACACUACAGCAUAUAUAAUUGCUAGAGAAAGUUGAGAGCAGUAUUAUAUAGUUUGAAAAAGAAUAAUUUUUGAACAACAGAAGUCUCUCUAUGCCUGAAGAUGGGUUUCUAUUAAAUCAGCUGGCGAUGUCUAUGAUCUUAUCUGCCUCCGUGGUCCGUGUGAGGGAUGGACUCCCACUCUCUGCCUCUACAGAUUGUGAACAGAGUGCAGGUGUGCAGGAAUGUAGGAAAUAUUUUAAAGCGCUCUCAAGGAAACUUGCUCAGCUUCCCGACAGAUGUACGCUGAAAACGGGGCAGUAUAACAUAAAUUUUAUUAGCUCCCUGGGAGUGAGCUAUAUGAUGUUGUGCACUGAAAAUUACCCCAGUGUCCUAGCUUUCUGCUUCCUGGAUGAGCUUCAGAAGGAGUUCAUUACCACCUACGAUAUGCUGAGGACAAAUACUGCCAUCCGACCAUACUGUUUCAUAGAGUUUGAUAAUAUCAUCCAAAGGACCAAGCAGAGAUAUAACAACACACGGUCUCUAUCGACAAAGAUAAAUCUUGCUGACAUGCAGAUGGAAAUCAAGCUGAGACCACCUUAUCAAAUUUCUCUGUCUGAAUUUGGUUCAGCUAAUGGAUUUGCGCAUUUAUCUGCUGUAGAAUUUAAGGGUACCGGUAAGAUACCUGCUGCUCCUCAUCAGCGACUGGAACCCUUGACUUUGCCAGGGAUUGUCUCAUUUAUACUUAGCCUGUUAUGCGGGGCUUUGAAUUUAAUUCGAGGCUUUCAUGCCAUAGAAAGCCUUCUUCAGAACGAGGGGGAAGAUUUCAGUUACGUCAUUGCAUUUUUUCUUGGAACAGCAGCCUGCUUGUACCAGUGUUAUUUAUUUGUGCAUUACACGGGCUGGCGGAACGUCAAAUCCUUCCUGAGUUUCGGUUUAAUCUGCCUGUGCAACAUGUAUCUGUACGAACUGCGCAAUCUCUGGCAACUGUUUUUUCAUGUGACAGUGGGAGCAUUUUCAACGUUGCAAAUACGCCUGAGACAGCCGCAAGGGAAGUCCCCUGAUUACAACGUGUGAUGCACAUCCUGGGAUACCUCAAGGCAGUCUGGUUCCAACUCAACUACUUUUCCCCUCUCAGGAAUGCAAAGCUUUUGUCCAAAAGAAGCAGUUUUCUGGAUUUUUUUUAAAGCAACACAAGAUGCCUGUGGACAUUUGUGACUUGCCAGUUAAACUUGUCCUCCAGGAAGAACUAAAAAUGCAAAAGAAUUCAGCACUAAUGGAGGAAAGAGGGUCCUACCCAUGCAAUUAAAAGUUUGAGGACAAAUAAAAGUUUGGAGAACUUGA